GUCUUCUAAAGUUCUCCCCUCAAAAUCCAACCAUCUGCUGUCGUCAAACGCAAUUUUACGAAAGCUCUAAAAUAACAUUAAACUGCGUUAAAAAUGCCCAGUGGCAAAAACUUUAGACGGAGAAGGGACUCGUCAGAAGAUGUGGAGGAAGAUGAGACAACUAAAGAAGUCAGAUCAAAAGUAGAAGAAGCUAAAGAGCUUCAGAGUUUGCGGAAACGACAGACUGGAGUCAGUGUGACCGCCCUGUUGGUCGGGGAGAAACUGCCACCAGAAACUGACAUUGAUAAUGACCCCUUUAAACUGAAGACUGGAGGGGUUAUUGACCUGAAGAAAAUCAAAGACAGGAAUAGGGACAUGACAGAAGAGGAGACGGACCUAAACCUGGGCACUUCCUUUUCUGCUGAAACUAACAGAAGAGACGAGGAUGCGGACAUGAUGAAAUAUAUUGAGACAGAGCUGAAAAAAAAGAAGGGCUUGGUUGAAGCAGAGGAACAGAAAGUUAAGGUGAAGAAUGCAGAGGACCACCUAUAUGAGCUGCCUGAGAGCAUCCGCGUCAAUUCUGCCAAGAAGACAGAGGAGAUGUUGUCCAAUCAGAUGCUGAGUGGGAUCCCUGAAGUCGAUCUUGGCAUUGAUGCAAAGAUAAAGAACAUUAUCCAGACAGAGGAUGCAAAAGCAAAGCUUCUGGCAGAACAAAGAAACAAGAAAAAAGACAACGGCACAUCAUUUGUACCCACCAACAUCGCUGUCAACUAUGUGCAACACAACCGCUUCUAUCAUGAGGAUGUGAACGCACCACAGAGGCACCAAAGACACAGAGAAGAGCCCAAAGCAAGGCCGCUGCGUGUGGGAGACACUGAGAAACCAGGUCCAGAGGCUCCGUCACCACCCAACUACCGCAAACGUCCAAACAACGAAAAGGCCACAGAUGACUACCAUUAUGAGAAGUUCAAGAAGAUGAACAGACGAUAUUGAGGAGCUGGAUGUUUUUUUUUGGACUCCAUUAGAUGUUAAUCUUUGUAUAAGUUUGAAUUUGCAGACUGGUUUUCUCAAACAACUGUUAAUCAGAGUAGUUCCAAGCCAGUGUAUGUUUUGUUUUUGUCUGUUCCACAUUGUGGAAAUCAUGUGGCUUGAAUGGCUCAGGAUGGUCUGAUAACCAAUGAAUACAGGAAUAACAAGACAUGUUAAACUGAGUGGUAUUCCUGCUCUGAAUUGUGAGAUUUGCUUUUUUAUUCAUUGUUAAAUGUUGACUUUUAGUUGUAGAAUUGUGUUUGACUUCAAAACAUUAAAAAAACAUAAAACCACAAGA